AUGGAGUUUGUGUGUUCCUYUACAUCUCGGCUGGCGGCAAGCCCGCGAGUUAAGAUCCAAGUGAUAGACAGCACCAAGGCAGCAUGGCGGGCAAAGCAACAGACCAGGACAUUCAGAACCAGCACAUCAUACCAAAGGGAGGCCUCAGGAGGCGCUCCCGAGAAGAUCAGAGGCAGAUCAAAGCUCUACGCAUCAGCAGAUGAGGCAGUUGCAGACAUCAAAUCAGGAUCCAUCGUUCUCAGUGCAGGAUUUGGACUAUGCGGGACGGCAGAAACCAUCAUCGCUGCCAUGCACAGGCGGGGAGUUGAAAGCUUGCACUCGUUGACCGCAGUAUCAAACAAUGCUGGAACAGCCAUCGGUGGCGGUCUCUCUCCUUUGAUUCAGUCUGGUCAAGUCAGCCGAGCGAUUUGCAGCUUUCUCGGCAACAACAAGGCUCUCGAGAAGAAGUACCUGAAUGGAGAUAUUGCUAUUGAGCUUACCCCACAAGGAACGCUCGCUGAAAAGCUGCGUUGUGGUGGUGCUGGUAUUCCCGCGUUUUUCACGCCCACUGGAGUCGACACAUUUAUUCAAUCCGGACAAAUCCCAGCAAGACUAAAGAACGGCGAGGUCAUCGAGYCUGGAAAGGCUCGCGAGACUCGUAUCUUCGAUGGUCGCGUCUACAAUAUGGAAACUGCUAUCAAGGGAGACGUCGCCAUCCUACGCGCUCACAAAGUCGACAAAGAUGGAAAUGUCAAGUUCCGGUACACCACAAAAUCAUUUGCACCUCUUAUGGCAAAAGCCGCGAAGAUCUCCAUCGUCGAGGCCGAGCAUAUUGUCGAAACUGGAGAGCUCGGACCUGAUGAGAUUGAUCUCCCUGGCAUCUUCAUUGACCGCAUCGUYCAGGCAACAGAAGACAAGAUUCUCGAAGUCAAGAAAAUCCGCACGGAAACUGAUAUUGAGGCCGAAGGAUCCAAAUCUGAAGCCCUUGCCCGCAGAAACCGUAUUGCCAAACGCGCCGCAAAGGAACUGAAGCCAGGAUACUACGUCAACCUUGGAGUUGGUAUGCCUACUCUUGCUCCAUCAUUCUUGCCAGCCGAUAGCAAAGUUUGGAUUCAGUCCGAGAACGGUAUCCUCGGAAUGGGCCCAUACCCAACCGAGGAAGAGGUCGACGCCGAUAUCAUCAACGCUGGAAAGGAGACCGUCACUCUUGUGAAGGGAGCUAGUGUCUUUGACAGCAGCGAGUCUUUCGGUAUGAUCAGAGGUGGCCACAUUGAUGUUAGCAUGCUUGGAGCUCUCCAGGUCGGCGCCAAUGGUGACUUGGCCAACUACAUGAUUCCUGGCAAGGUCUUCAAGGGAAUGGGAGGUGCCAUGGAUUUGGUCGGGAAUCCGGACGCAACAAAGAUUGUGGUCUUGACCGAUCACGUCGAUAAAUACGGCACACCCAAAAUUGUGGAACAUUGCACUUUGCCUCUCACUGGUGCCAAAGUCGUGACCACGAUCAUCACGGAUCUGUGUGUCUUUGAAGUCGAUCGCAAGAGGGGCGGUCUUACGUUGACAGAGCUUGCUCCAGGUGUUGGCGUUGACGAGAUCAAGCAAAAGACUGGCGCCAAGUUCGCGGUAGCGGAGCCUUUGGGCAGGAUGGAGUAA